AUGUUCUUGCCGGACGGCAGCUUGGACCUGGCGCGGGUGGACACUUCGCUCAGGAUCGAGGACCUGCGCGACAAUGGCAAGGGCGGUCGCCAGCGGCCGCCACAGCGGGCCCGUUGGGGCCCAGCAGCAGCUUCUUCUCCACCCCCACCGGCGCCAUCUUGCCAACUGCAGCCACAAAGAGGGCCCUCCCCCGGGCCCGCCGAGGACCCGCGAGGACCCCGGUCGGGCCGCCCGCCACCCGCCGUGCCCCGCAGCGCGACGCCCGCUGCACACCGCCCGCGCUUCAGGGGCCGUGGCGUUCAACCAGUCUUUUCCACGCUGGCGAUGUCCACGAGCUCCCAUAGGUCGCGAAGGUGGCGGGCGGCGGUCAGGCGGCAGCCUGGGCAGCCAUGCGUGAGGAGGCGGGCACCGCCCAGACCGAUGGCGCACUGGCGGCCUCUGCCGGCCGAUGGGCGCAGCGCAGCUCAGCAUCCCGCGGCUCCCGAUGAGGCACCUGAAGCUUUAAGAAACCCGCCCAAUGAUCCAAGGCUAGAAGGAAUGCCAGAUAGGAUGCUGCUGCAGAGAUAGCAAAUGCAGAUUUCAACAAGGCAUUUGACAAUUCACAGCAUAGAUUAGAAAGUGAAACGUAGGCUGGAUGAUAGCACUGAGGCUUGUUAAAGACCAGGCCCAGAGGGAGCUGAUGAGGAACAAGGACCACUAGAGAUGGCUACUAAGGGCCUGCCCCUACCUACUGCCCUGGCCAGCCAAUUCAGGGUGCCAUCAGUGACUUGGAUGAGAAUAUAGCAGCACACUCAUAGAAGCUGUGGAUGACCUGAAACCGGAAGGGAUGCCUAAUAUAUUGGAUGACAAACUGAACACAGACUAUAUCUAACAAGAUGAAAUUUAACAGGGACUACUACUAAAGUCCUAUGGAAGGGUUUAACAAAAAAAAGCAUAAGAACAGGAAACAUUUGAAAAUAAUAAAAAUUAUAAUCUAAGAGUCAUAACUAUAUUAACUAUAAUCUGAAAGUUAGUCAUAUAGAAUGCUGAGAAACACCUUAGCGUCCAUAAAACCUCACUGGGCCUAGUAAAGCAGCUGACUCCCUACUCUGCCAGUCAGGCUGCAUUUCUUAGGGUCACAUUUCUCUUUGGACACAUUUUACAAAGAGGUGUCCAGCAUUCAGUGACUAAAGUUAUAUGGGGUCAUGACACUGUUCUGCUGCAACAUGAAGUAACUAGGGCUCAUAAGCAUGAAGGAUAAAAGACAUACAAGGGCCAGUUCAUGCCUGUAAUCUCAGCCCUUUGGGAGGCCAAGGCCAGAGGAUUACUUCAA